GCAUAUCAAUGAAUUAAUGAACUAAUUAAUUAAUAUCAAAAGAACAAGAAGAGAAGAAGGGUUCUCAAGCAAGGUGGUGUUUGGACCCAACACAAAUGGUGAGAGGGCCUUGAUGGAUCAAUUGGACCUCUUGUUUUCUUCGGGGAAUUGCUCCCAGGAUGGGCUUUCUGAGGGUUGGCCAUGCUUUGAGCAUAGGUGGGAUCUGGAGACAUAUACCUCUUCAGGCUUUGCUCUCUCAGUUUGACCGGAUUCCAAAAUCUUUCCUGCUCCACCCCACACAUUUAGAAAAUGAAGAAGGUCCACCUCAGUUUUGGCUCUGCCCUUCCAGGGAGAGUAAACCUCCCUCCCUCCCCCCUUUUGCUUGCAGCUGCCAAGGACUCCACCCCCACCCCAACAUGGCUUAUAAGGGAGGGAUCGCUGGUGGCCAGCAGACUGAGUCAGGAUGCCCUCUGCUAGCCUUCUCCUGCUAGUGGGACUCCUCAGCCUCUGGAUUGAGCUGACACCAAUCUCUGGAUGGAAGAAGCAUGAAAGAUGUCACUACCCUGUUGACCCUGGACACUGUAGAGCGCACAUGACUCGCUUCUACUACAAUCACAAAUAUAACAAGUGUAAGAAGUUCAUUUAUGGCGGCUGUAAAGGAAACGACAACAAUUUUGAGAGUUUUGAGGAAUGCCUUCACUUCUGUAAAGAAAAACCCGGGGUGUGUCCCAAGGCCCCUCCAGGCCUGAUCACUGUUUGUCCCGUGAAGUGUGAAAGUGACUGGGAGUGCCAUGGGAAACAAAAGUGUUGCCCUUAUGGAUGCAUCGUUGACUGCACGGAUCCAGUCUAAGGUUCCCGUCCAUCAAGAUUCACCAUUCAACUUUUCCAAAUUGUGUCUGGUGCCUCAACUUAGACCAAAGACCCACCAGCCGCCAUGGGGACCCUUCCCCUCAAAUACACGGUGGACUAAUUCUUCUUUCCUCAAAAUAAAGG